UCAGAGACUGAUGUCAAAUCAAAGAACUGAACGGAGAAGAUAUAUAUAGAUCGUAAGGAAAUAAUUGUUUGGAAAAGUGACGGAUAUAUAUUUUUUUUCUUUAUUUAUAGUUGUGAUACAUACACUAAACUUAACAGGUAGCCUACUUUUGAUGGGACACAGAGAAGUUUCAAUCGGUCUUCUGCCUGGAACGAAGCAUCACGCCGAAGAAUUGAUGGAGAUUUUGCGAAUUGGAAAAACAACCUGAACAACAACUGCAUUUGUUUUGCACAGGAUAAUAUUGUUUUGCAGAGGCAGUUACAACCCAACGGGUUUUUACAACCUGAUGCCAUAGAAUAACCUUUUCAAUAACUUUUUUUUUUAUUCUGUAGUUCUUCAGAAAACCAUCUAUGCACUAGUGCUUUAAAGAACCCAGAAACCAGCACAGAUUUGAAGAUUCCAUAAUGUAAUCAUGAACCUUUCAGGGAACCAUGCCGUCAAAAUGGUCCUUAAUAAGAAGAGGGUUCUUCGCUGAACCUAAGAACCACUGAAGAACCUAGUUGUAAGAUCCUAUGGCGUGAAGCAGAAGAGUAGAGGGAAAAACACUAGCUUCCAAGUGAUUUUAUAUUUAGAAGUGAAUACACCCUCAUCAUCAUCACAGACUGGAUGUAAAGAUGACACGCGUCUGGUUUGCUCUGCUGGGCUUCUUGUGGAGCGUUUAUUUGGCAGGUGGUAGUUCUGUACUGGACGGAUCUGAGCUUCAGCCCAACUUCAUGCAUCGGAUGUUACGGACUCGGGAGAAGAGAGAGAUGCAGAAAGAGAUCCUGUCCAUACUGGGACUGAACCACAGACCCAGACCGCAUCUGAACAGCGGCAAAUAUAAUUCAGCACCCCUCUUCAUGCUGGAUCUGUACAACAGCAUGUCCACUAAAGAGAAGAGCGACGUGGCUCAGUACAGAUCACUGUUCACCACCACACGACCCGCUUUAGCUUCACUUCAUGACACAGAGUUCCUGCAUGACGCGGACAUGGUCAUGAGUUUUGUCAAUUUAGUGGAAAAUGACAGAGAGCUGUCGCCACAGAGAAGACACCAUAAAGAGUACAAAUUCAACCUGUCCCAGAUUCCAGAGGGAGAGGCCAUCACAGCCGCAGAAUUCAGGAUCUACAAGGAGUGUGUGACCAGGGCCUUCCACAAUGAGACAUUCCUACUUAGUGUGUUCCAGGUGGUUGGGGAACAUCCAGACAGGGAUGCCGACCUGUUUCUGCUAGAAUCUCGCAGGUUGUGGGCAGCUGAAGAAGGUUGGCUGGAGUUUGACAUCACAGCAUCUAGUAAUCUCUGGGUGAUGAGUCCACUUCAUAACCUGGGUCUACAGAUCAGUGUGGAGACCAGCAGUGGGUGGAGCAUAAAUCCUAAGGAAGCGGGCUUAGUAGGUCGUUAUGGCGCUCUGGAGAGGCAGCCUUUCAUGGUGGCCUUUUUCAAAGUGAGUGAAGUCCAUAUCCGAACUGGCCGGUCUGUGGGCAAACGACGUCAGCCGAACCGCAAUCGCUCCAGCAGUCCCCAGGAGACAUCAAAGGGAUCAGCUCAAACAGCAGAUUACAACAGCAGUGAUCAGAAGACCGCCUGCAGAAAGCAUGAACUGUACGUCAGCUUCAGAGAACUGGGCUGGCAGGACUGGAUUAUUGCACCUGAGGGUUAUGCAGCAAACUACUGUGAUGGAGAAUGCUCAUUUCCCCUAAACGCUCAUAUGAAUGCUACUAAUCAUGCUAUAGUACAGACACUGGUCCAUCUAAUGAAUCCAGAGAACGUUCCGAAGCCAUGCUGCGCUCCCACCAAACUGCAUGCAAUCUCCGUGCUCUACUAUGAUGACAACUCCAACGUCAUUCUGAAAAAAUACAAGAACAUGGUGGUGCGCACAUGCGGCUGCCACUGACACAAGGGACACGUGCCGGCCUGCCCAACUGCUGCACUGCAGAGACAGAGACAAAUGUUUGUGAGGACUGACGAAACAAAAUAAGGCAGACAAAAAGCAAGCAUUAUGAACAAAUGUGAGAGAAUGUCUUGACGGUGGAUCCAGGUUUGCUGCUUCUCAUCUUUCCACACAUGGCCAUUUGACGUGACAUUUCGGAUCCUACAAACUGCCAAGAGGAUGUUCAUGUGAAUCUAUAAACAGAAAAUGAACUUGAUGCCUCAAGUCUAAAUCAAAGACACAAAGAAAAUGUAAAUUGUGAGCUAAAAUGCUGUAUUUAAAAAUGUGUCACUUACCAAAUAUUUAAAGGGGGUCGCAUCACGUUAUAAUUUCAUUUUCUGAGGUUCACUUGUGUUAUAAAAAACAGUCAAAACAAUUCUUUGUGACUAUUUUCCACCCUCACUCUGACCCUUGGAAUUAAAUGGGAUACUUUUUGCUGCUGUGCCUUUAGGACUAGACUUUGUAUCUUUCUGAUGUUUGACAUUUCUAGAAGUUCAGAACAAAUCAUGUUUUUUGCAACUUUCAGGAACUUCCUCCCUAAUAUAAAUAGACGAUUUGAGUUCUGAAAGUUACAGUAGCUCUUUUAUUUCAAAAGAAACUUAGAUUCCUCAUGAU